CAGGCAGUGGGGAGGCGAGACGGAGGGGCAGCCUCUUCGGGACUAACUCAUGAAGAACAAGGGUGCCAAGCAGAAGCUGAAACGCAAGGGAGCCGCCAGCGCGUUUGGCUGUGACCUGACGGAGUAUCUGGAAAGCUCGGGACAGGAUGUUCCAUAUGUAUUGAAGAGCUGUGCAGAAUUUAUAGAGACUCAUGGGAUUGUGGAUGGAAUCUAUCGGCUUUCUGGAGUCACCUCAAACAUUCAACGGCUAAGGCAAGAGUUUGGCUCAGAUCAAUGUCCAGACCUGACAAGGGAAGUGUACCUCCAGGACAUCCACUGUGUGGGCUCACUCUGCAAACUCUACUUUAGGGAGCUGCCCAACCCCCUCCUGACUUACGAGCUCUAUGAGAAAUUCACGGAGGCUGUGUCACAUUGCCCGGAAGAAGGCCGACUGGCCCGAAUCCAAAAUGUUAUCCAGGAACUUCCCCCAUCCCAUUAUAGGACCCUGGAAUACCUGAUCCGACACCUGGCACACAUCGCCUCCUUCAGCAGCCAGACCAACAUGCAUGCCAGGAACCUGGCUCUGGUGUGGGCUCCAAACCUCCUCAGGUCUAAAGAAAUCGAAGCCACUGGUUGCAAUGGUGAUGCAGCCUUCCUUGCAGUCCGAGUCCAGCAGGUGGUGAUUGAGUUCAUAUUGAAUCAUGUGGAUCAAAUCUUUAACAGCGGUGCACCCAGUUCUGUGGAGAAUGAUGAAAACCGACCCAUCAUGAAGAGCCUGACCCUGCCAGCCCUUUCCCUGCCCAUGAAGUUGGUGAGCCUGGAGGAAGCUCAGGCCCGCAGCCUGGCUACCAACCAUCCCGCUCGGAAGGAAAGGAGGGAGAACAGCUUGCCUGAGAUUGUUCCCCCCAUGGGCACCCUCUUCCACACUGUCCUUGAGUUACCAGACAACAAGAGAAAGCUUUCCAGUAAAUCAAAGAAGUGGAAAUCGAUUUUUAACCUGGGACGUUCUGGAUCAGACUCCAAAUCAAAGCUGAGUAGAAAUGGGAGCGUGUUUGUGAGAGGGCAGCGGCUCUCAGUGGAAAAGGCUACUAUCCGACCAGCUAAAAGCAUGGACUCCCUGUGUUCGGUGCCUGUUGAAGGAAAAGAAACCAAAGGAAAUUUCAAUCGAACAGUCACCACGGGUGGAUUUUUCAUUCCAGCAACGAAAAUGCAUGGGACCAGCACUGGUAGUUCAUGCGACCUCAGCAAGCAGGAGGGCGAAUGGGGCCACGAGGGGAUGCUGGCAGGGGCAGAGGGAGGCGUUGACGUGGGCAGUGACCGAAGCCAACUCCAGGGUGCGCAGGCCCGGCCCCCGCCGGAGCAGCUGAAGGUGUUCCGGCCUGCCGAGGAUCCUGAGAGCGAGCAAACGGCCCCAAAGAUGCUGGGUAUGUUCUACACCUCAAACGACAGCCCCAGCAAGUCCGUUUUCACCAGCAGCCUCUUCCAGAUGGAGCCCUCACCACGCCACCAGCGCAAGGCGCUGAACAUCUCCGAGCCCUUCGCCGUGUCCGUGCCACUCCGCGUGUCAGCUGUCAUCAGCACCAACAGCACCCCCUGCAGGACACCCCCAAAGGAGCUGCAGUCCCUUUCCAGCCUGGAGGAGUUUUCUUUCCAGGGGUCAGAGGGAGGAGGCUGGCCCGAAGAGGAGAAGCCUCUGGGAGCUGAGUCUUCUCCAGCAGCCGUCCCCAAGAAGGCGGCUCUCGAGGAUGCCAAGGCAGUGGCUGAAGCCGCAGCGACACUGGAGUGCGGCCAAGGCCCUUCCCUGGAGCCAGGCCCCCAGCUGGAGGAGAAGACCUUGGAAAUCUUGCUGGGCUCUCAACAUUCAAGGGAACCAGAGAAGGGACCAAAUGCAGAGAAGGUGGUGGAGGACGCCCAGGAGGCUGGCUGGAGGGAGCCGAGCGCUCGGCCGGAGAGCCCCAGAGCCAGGGCUGAAGCCGUGUUUCUCCACGAGAUGGAUGAAGACGAUCUCGCCCACGCCCUGAUCUGGCCCGAGAUUCAACAGGAGCUGAAAAUCAUUGAAUCGGAGGAGGAGCUCUCCUCGUUGCCAGCCCCUGCUCUGAGGAUCAGCCCAACGCAGCCAAGUUUUGAAUCAAAGGCAGGCCCUUUUGCUUCCUUGGAACCUCCUCGGGGGUUGUCUUGUGGGCCCACUUCUGAUCCAGCCUCUGCCCCUCCUGAGGAGUGGACAAGGGACCCACGCAGUGAGAGCACACAGGGGGCUUCCACGGCAGCCAGUGGGGAGACGCCAGAGCCUACCAGUGGCCUCCAGAGAUCCAAACCAGAACAAGGCGUGCGUCUAGAUCCCGCCAGGCUAGCUCCUCUGGAAAUAAUGACAUUUGAGAUGGCGCCUCCACAAGCAAAGGCGGAGGUGAGAGGCCCAGGGAACCUGUCCCCUCCACUCCCACCUGCUCCUCCCCCUCCGACUCCUCUGGAGGAGGCACCCGGAGGCCUGCUGGCAAAGGAUGGCCCCGAGAGAGAAGCCUCGUCCAGGGAUCUGGGGACAAAGCCCUCUCGAGGUCAGCUGGAGUGCAAAGACAGCCCUGGGCUCCCUCGCCUCUGCCAAGCACGUGAGGCUGCUCCAAGACAAAGCGAACAGCAACAUUCAAAGGAUGCUGCUGCCGCCGCCGAGGGAACAGGCUCUGCUUUGCCAAGCCCGACAAAGGAGGCUGAGAUGGCCACCCAAGGGGAAGGCGACGGAGCCCACUCCCUGCAGGAGCCUUCGGACUGUGAUGAAGAUGACACCAUGUCCGAUUCUGCGCAGCAUGGCCUGGAGAUGGUGGAGCCCUGGGAGGAGCCCCAGUGGGUGACAAGUCCCCUUCACUCUCCCACCCUGAAGGAUGUGCAGGAGGCGCAGGUGCAGGGCCCCCAGGGCCCCCGGCUGGAGAAGAGGCUUUCCCACAGGCCCAGCCUUCGCCAGAGCCAUUCCCUAGACAGCAAGAGCACGGGGAAGAGCCAGUGGACUCCCAAGGUUCCCUCUUCCAGUAGUUGUGCCAAUCUGGAGACACAGAGGAAUUCUGACCCUCUGCAGCCCCUGGCACCCAGGAGUGAGAUUUCGCGGUGGGAUGAGAAAGCCCUAAAGUCCUUCAGAGAGUUUUCUAGCCAGAAAGGGACAGAGGCUGUUCCCAGUCAAAAGGGACCAGGAGGUGGUAGUGUGCAACCUGCACUGGCAGUAGCCGGCCCCGCCAGCCUAGCAGAGGGCCAGGAGCUGCGAACACAGGUGGAGCCCAGUGACGCUCAGACUAAGCAGGGUGGUGGUUCUAGGCCAGAGAGCAGCAAGGAGAGCUCCCCCAGCGGGCAGGACAGCAGCCCGCCUGCAGAACACUCCCCAAAGUUACAGCUGAAGAGCCCCGAGUGUGGACCCCCGAAAGGGAAAAAUAGGCCUUCUUCCCUCAACUUGGACUCCGCCCUUCCCAUAGCUGACCUCUUCCGGCUUGAGAAUGCCGCCUCCUUCAGUUCACCGGGGAUGCAGCUCUUGGAGCGGGGAGAGCCAAAGGCCGUGUGGAUGGCCUCACCUCACUGUAAAGCAGACCCCUGGAAGAUUUCUUCCCAGGACCCCCAGGACCUCAACCUUGUCGCCCAUGCCCUGACAGGUCGCCGUAACUCAGCUCCUGUGAGUGUGUCAGCCGUGAGAACCUCCUUCAUGGUCAAAAUGUGCCAGGCCAGGGCAGUCCCAGUCAUCCCACCCAAGAUUCAGUACACACAGAUCCCACAGCCGCUGCCCUCCCAGAGCUCCGGAGAGGGUGCGGCUCAGCCUCUGGAGAAGAGCCGAGAGGAACCCAGCUCCCCCCGUGGCCUGUCUCACAACCCUGCCAAAGGUGAACCCCCCUCCUCCCUGGAAAGCCCGAAGGAAGAGAAACCAAAGCAGGAUCUGGGCGCUGUCAAGUCCACACCCGCAGACGCCAGUGUGUCUUGCAUAUGCGAGGGACCCACGCUUUCGCCAGACCCAGGCGUGCCUAACCUGCUCUCCACCCACGAUGCCACAGUGCAAUGCAGGAAGCGCACAUCAGAGACUGAGCCAUCUGGGGACAACCUUCUUUCAUCAAAAAUAGAGCGACCCUCUGGCAGUUCUAAGCCUUUCCACAGGUCAAGGCCAGGAAGACCUCAGAGCCUAAUCCUAUUCAGCCCUCCUUUCCCCAUUAUGGACCACCUGCCCCCGGCAUCCGCAGUGACAGAUUCCAAAGUCCUGCUGUCCCCCAUCCGGAGUCCUACCCAGACAGUCUCCCCUGGCCUUCUUUGUGGGGAGUUGGCAGAAAACACGUGGGUGACACCAGAAGGGGUUACACUUAGGAAUAAAAUGACCAUCCCCAAGAAUGGCCAGAGACUGGAGACCUCAACCAGCUGUUUUUACCAGCCGCAGCGGAGAUCCGUGAUCCUGGACGGAAGAAGUGGCAGGCAGAUAGAAUGACAUCAGUUCACCUGCUGGUUUGUGGACACAAAUCAUCAAUCACCUGGAAGCCAACCUGCCUUUUCCAGGUGCAGGUUAUCCAAGUUUGGGGAUUAUUUUGUGCUCUGGCUUCUCUUUUUUUUUUUCUUCUUCCUUUAGACCAUUUAUUAAGUAGUCCAUUUUCCACAAAAGUGGUCAAGGAAAGGACCAAGAGAUGAAAUGUAGCUAAGUCUGUAUGAGCAAAUGGGAAAGGUUAGGAGAGGGAAGAAGAUGGAAUGCUUGCUCCCCUAUUGCCAUUGUGUAUUACUGUUGAGAGCUGGCUGUCUUAAUGUCCUUUGAGAGACAGAAAAAUCCUUUGUCUGUGUCAGCUACUGAGGUUUGAAGGCCUUUAAUGCUGUGUAAAUCAUGUACACUUGUACCAUCCCAAACAGAAGCAGAUUUGGAGAUGCAAACAAAGGCGCGUCUAGAUGCCCCCAUGGGUGAAAUUACCCAUCAUGCUCUUUCCCUGAAAUCCCUUCAGUCCUGUCCAGGAUGACUCCAUCCAUCAGCACAAAACAUCGGAAUCUAUCCUCAAGUGUCAACUCAAGACAGGAACAAUCCAAGAUGACCUUCUGGCUCUAGCUUAUUAAUUUGGGACUCCAACCACCACUGUACAGAACUCUGAUUUGUAAACCCACUGCUGGGCAGAGUGGAAGCUGAGCUGAGGAUUACCUGGGUGAGGUGCAUCUGCAGUGGGGUGUGCAGUAGCGAAGUGAGAGCAUCUGCUUUCUUUAGAUCAGAGUCCAAGAACAGGAUGUCACAGGACAAAGCCUCACACAGAUGCAGAACUGAAGUUGGAGUUGAAAUUGGUGGGGCAUUAGCAGAAAACGUUUCUGGCUCAGCUUCACUUUUCUUCCACCCAAGGCUGGGCCCAGCUUGCCAGGAGAGAAUGAGGGGAGGAGCCCUGGCACAGUGGCUGUCACUGCCACUCCGUGAGAGCUGCCCUUCUCAAGAAUGUAUUUCAUGUUAGCCAGUGGGUCCCUUCCUUGCUCUCUCUCCCUCCAUUGCUCAAGAGCAGAUUUGAGGCAUCCCUCUCUCCUCCGUGACUCAUCUUCUCUCCCCACCCACCCCAGGCAUUCAAACCUGCCCCUCUCCUGUUUGUACUCUCAGAAAAACAGUAAGCCAAUUUCAUUGUCUUGCAGUUAUUUGGAACUUUCAAUGGUUCUUCCCUUUCUAGCUGGAGAGAUGAAGAACUAAUACAUCUGCUGGUAGAUUUCAGUGCUCCCACUGAAGACUUCACGAGGUACCCCUUCUCAAGUUCAAGUUCAGUUGAAUUCUAUCCAGAGGCCCAAUCAUUGCAGAGAGUUCUCUUAGGGCUAGCAGUACCCCUGGGCAAACCUCACAGCCAAUACUGGUGGGGCUGGGCUGAACUUUCCUCCUUCAAUGAGAAAUUGGAAACUGAUGUCCUGCAUCAGAUACAGAUUGCUUCCUGUCUUCCUACUAAGCAUAUAGCCAGUUCUGAAAUCUUGUUCUACACCUUUUAAGCCAGUUUCUGUGACAAGGGUAACUGGCCAGUCAGCUGAUGCUUUCUGCCUUCAGAUAGAGAACUGUGUGAGCAAGAGGAGCUGUUAAUAGGUCUCUGGUCAGUGGUUUUGCAUUCUCAUUGGGUAAGCAAGACAUUGGACCAACAGCCAAUGAGAUGUCAAUCCCUAAGGAAAGUCCUAGAACACAGCAUUUUCCCAAGGCAAGCAAGGCGAAGAAAUGUAGUGGUGACAGACGAGAAAGGCCAUGCUCCACAGAUUCGAGAAGUACAUUCCUGCCUUAUCAGAAAAUGUGCAGAUAAACUUUAUGUUGGUCUCAGUGCUCUUGCUCUCGAGGUGUCUAUACUCUGAUAAGGACCAUGUCCCAGCUAGAAUGUGAGAGGGAAAGACUGCACUUUGCUUCACUAUCAGAACUCUGAGCCAAAUAAUGAGAUAUUUAAGCUAGUUUAUAAUUAUUUUAAAUUUUUGUUUAUAACACUUAUAGAAUAUAUUUUUAUCUGGGGAUAGACUGAGAAGCCACCAUUUACAGGUCAACAGGUGGUUUUAAUUCUAAGGGUAGAAGCACCCAUUAGGUUUAUAAAAUGGCUGCCAUGUUCCUUGAGACUGACACCUUUCAUUUACAGCCUCACCUUCAGGAGUGUAGGGCUGCGGAUGACACGAGGAGACACACCAACACCUUCUGGAGCUAUCCCCUACUCUGGACUUUCCUAGCUGGUCAGGUCCAGAAAGCCUUGGAAGCUGACUCAGCAGUGUCUUGGCGGCUGUCAUUCCUUUUACUGUCUUCCAGAGGGUCAGUGUCACAAACCUAUUUAUAAACUUCCUAUGGGCGGGGCUAGUCUGGCGCUGAUAAAAUUCCAUUCCAUCAUAAAAAAAACUCCUAUCUCCCCCACCCCAAGUGUUUCCCAAGAUACCUUGGAAUUACCAAUUUGGUCACCAUUUUGAGACUGACCCUCCGGAGAAUGGCUGGAUGGAAUCAGAGGGCCUGCUUCCACCCAUGGAAGGACCAGAACAGGUGCUGCCAAUUCCAAGGUCUACCUAAGGUUCUAGAAGGGGCUGCAGAAUCCAACUUCCAACUAUCAGUCCUCAAAAUAGGGGGGCUGGAUUUAAAUGUUGAAUCUGAAGUGAAAUGCGUACAUAUACCGGUGUUUUCCUCUAGUGUUAAUGGCUGCUUAAGAAGAUAGUAUCCUAUAUUUAUUAGCAAAACAACCCUCUUGGGUCAAUUUUUUUUUUUCCUUGAAAGUGGACCAGAUAGAGGGUAUUCGGUCUUUACUCUCCGCUUCACUUGGAAUAGAAGCAAACCCUAUUAACAUACUGUAAGCCUAAUAUAAGUCCUAAAAACUAAAAAUAUACUGCAAGUUAGAAUUCUAGAUUUGGGGGACAUUCAAAACAUAAACAUCAUCAUCCUCAAAUAUUUAUUAAGAGCUUAGUAACAAUGCAUUGGGUACCUUGGUACUUAUUCCUCAGUCCUUGACUAGUCCAGUAAAAAGGAGAGGGAUGGUAAUAAAUGGGAGAGCCCAUAACCAAGAGAGAACAAGCUUUAGAAUUGUUAACAAACCAAGGCAGAGGGGAAAAACAGCAAGUAACAUCUUUUAAUAGGAUUGCUAAUGGUAUGCAAGCGACUACUGACUUUAAUCCAUUUAAACACAAGUGGAAAUCUAAGAGAGGGGACCAGUGAGACACUCAGGUGUUGAGAUCUAAAGAAUUAGAGAGCCACAAUGAAGCUAGAGUAAGUAGUUCUGAGAUUUUGUGUGGCCCAAGUGGAUUUUGCAGUGAAGUCCUGUUGGAUCUUUGCCAAUGAGCCAGGUAGGAUUGGCAUUCCAUACUACUUGAGAGGGGAUUCAAGAGACUUCUGUUAUCACAAAACGUGUUCAUUCCUGUUGAUGACGAAGUCAUAGGUCCAAUAAACUAUUUACUUCAUGGAUGAGGUUUAGCAUAUAAUAAUUACAUUUCACUGAAACUGGGUGGCAGAAUCAUUUGUGCAGGGUCCUGUGUGACGGACUGGGGAACCUAAGAUUCCUUUGUCUGGAAUCAGAGUAGAAGUUUAAGGUCGAUCUAAUUCUCACCAGGAUUGAUUAGAGUCACAUUCUACCAAAGUGGGCCCUAUCUGCUGACAUGAAUAUUGGAGUAAAAUGUUGCCAGGAGUAUGAUUUUAGACACUUCCAACAGGAAGAUCAGCUCAAAGUAUGGCAUGACAAAGAACGCAUCUUCCUUUACCAACACCUUCCCUAGCAAAAUAAGGCCACAAGAGGGCGCAAACACCUUCCCAAGCACGGAGAGAAGGGGGAGAUCGGUGCCAGUCCAGAUAGGGCAAAAUUGGGGGCCACACACAUGGAUGGGUACAGAGUAGGUCGUUAGUAACCUGGAGGUGCAUGAGAAAUGCAAGAAUUCUCUAAGAGAGUGAAGGAAAAGUCCACAGCCAUGUGUUUUGCGGAUGAGUAACAAUGCUUUGCAAUAAGUUAAUGCCAUAAUAUUUUCAGGCUUAUAAUUCUGCCAAGUAAAGCACUUUUCAAAGGAGUCUGUUAGAAAGCCACAUGAUUUCAGCUGUUUUUUUUUUUUUUUUUGAGCUCUACAUGUUUCCAAAGAUGUAAUCAAAAUGUUUUUUCUAUUGAUUAUAAAAGUAUAAAUAAAUAUUAAGCCUAUCCAUAGAGACAUUUAAAUGUAAUUAAAAGAUUGUUAUGCUUUAAAAAUGUACUCUAAUAAAUGAUGUAAAAUGCAGUGCUUAUGCUGGACCUCUGAGCUAGAGGAGGACAUGUCCUAUCAGGAAAGUAGAUUUUAUGCUUCAGACUCAUCGUUCUAGUUCUGUUUGAUGUCAUUUUUGUGUUGCUGUUGUUGUUACUUCGUUUGGUCUCACAGCAAAAUCUGCUUUAGUAAACUUGUUAUUUUACAUAUUAAUAAUUGUCAUAUGUUUGCAAUUUCACCCUUACUAUUGCACUCACACAGGGUGCCAAAGCUGCCCAGUACAUAUAUAUAUAUGAAAAAUGAAAAGCAAAAGGCUCAUUACUUCUCAGCACUCCAUGGCUUAGGGAGUCACGAGGGGCCACGCUCAGAGAUGUGAACUCAGCUUUCCUAUUAUUUGAACCAGUGAGGGGGACUGUUUUAUUUUGGUGAUCAUGUCAGUGAUGCUCCGGGGGAGGAAAAACAAACUGUGUUAGUCGGGAACAUAUGAUCAUACAGAGGGGGAGGCCGUGGGAAGACCUGUAUGAGCCAGGUUCCCACUCAAGUGAUCCUUGCAGUACAAAACACCCUUGCUAAGGAGACAGCAAUGCUAGCACGUUAGUCUAUUUAAAACCUUACACUCACCACUCAGCCAUGCGCCCAUCUUCCUUCAGUAGUGCCCCGAAGGCCUUUUUUCUCCUACACUCCCAGAUUGUCAUAUGCCUGUUUGUCUCCCAACUCCCCCGACCCUGCCCCCCAUAACACACAUAUACCAUUCAUUCCCCUGACUCCCAACCUUUCCUAGUUUCUUUGGAGGCAUUCUAUCUUUAUCACACCCCCUUGAACACACACACACCUUGGUCUCUUCACUGUCCUUGUCAUUUCCUGGACUUGAACACAACUCCUGGAAGGACACUCUUUUUUUGCAGAAGGCUGCACUCUCCCACGACACACAGACUUUCAACAGAGUCGGAAGACAUUCUUCUCACUUCUACACAAUUGCUUCUUUCCAUUUCAUAUACAAUCAUUACUGAAAUUUAUGGAUCCAGCAAUUUCACUUCUACCGUUCUUUGUGGUCAUGAUGUAGUCAAUGUCUCAAAUUUCCUAGUGUUUGGUACCAAACUUCCUGUUUCCUUCUCCUUUGUAUCCCACCAUCAUCCCAGAUGGCUUCAAUGUUCUGGAGGAAAACCAACACCUUGCCAUAAUUGCUCACAGUUUUUUGCUUCUACUCAGUUUUGGCCAUUUGCUUCUUGAGUUUGUUAUGUAUCACACUGUUUCACAAUCCAGGACUUUGUGAUUAAAUUCUCAUUUUCCUUUCUCAGAAACUUCUCUUAUCCUUGCUACUUUAUUCAUUCUAUUUGUGCAAGAUUACCAUUGCCUGGUCCACCCCUACUCUGUCAGGCAGCCCCUCCGGCAACUUCUUUCUUUUCCUCGCCUCUCCAGACCCCAAGGUGCAUCUCCUCCACUGUUCUCCCCAGGACCUCUCGUCCUUCAGCCACACUUCCUUGGCAAGUCUCGCUCAAGGGGCCAGGAUUCUUGCUGCCCAUCUUCUCUACCCUUUUCUGUGCCUAUGGCAUGGAUCUGAGAAAAUCAUAAACUAUGGUAUUAGCGCCUUUACACAGUUUGGGUCCUUCACCUCAGUAGAGGCCUCAUUCACAAAGCCCACAAUGGCCACUCCGCUCUUUUCAACCCUGUCCUGGGCAAUCCACUCCACCCCCGGUCCCCAUACACACAAUAAGGAAAACCGUCUCUCCCAGCACAAGUUUAUGAUCAGCCUCCCGCCAUCACUUCCUCUUAUCCGCAUGUGUCUUCCUAGCCUCCAUCCUAGUUUAGAGGAAUUAUUUUCCUUCUUUCCAGUGCUCCUGUGUUUCCAGUCUCCUCCCAUCCUUUAUUCUCCCCUAUAUUUCAGCCUUUCCGGCUUUGGGCUUCUUUCCCUCCGCAUAUAAUAUACCAAGGUCUCUCCUUCCUUAAACAAAAGGCUUCCUCAACUCUGUCCACCUGUACCACGUUAUCGUGACCAGUCUUGGAAGAGUCAUCAUCACUGUUCCUACUUCUUCAUUUCAGUUCACUAUUCUGGACCAACUGCAACCUGACCUCCAUCCUCAGUGCUCUGCUAAAAUCUCUGGCUAAAGUCACAAAUGACCUGAUUGCCAAACUGAUACUUUUCAGUCUCUUGACUACCUAUUAUGUUUGAUAUGGUCAAUUUUUUUUUUUUUUUUUUGAAGCCCUAUUUCCCCUUUCUUGGUCAUCCAUUUUCUUGAUCUCAAUCACUUCAGUGUUUCCUCUUCUUUGCCCUUUAGUUAUUCACUAAAUUUUCCCUUCCUUCUUUUCACAUCCUACCUCAUUUAUGUACAUGGCUGCUUCCACCACCCACACACUGGAGAUCCACCCCAUCCCUGUUUACUCAAGCAUGGACUUUUAAGUUUUUCAUUAGAUGUCUUGUGUCUAAACAAUUCCAGACUUCUGUCCUUAAGAAUUCAUUGAGCUGGGACUGGCACUGUGGCACAGCAGGUUAAAGCUCUGGCCUGCAGUGCUGGCAUCCUAUAUGGACGCCAGUUGAAGUCCCGGCUGCUCCACUUCUGAUUCAGCUUCUCUACUAUGUGCUUGAAAAGCAAUGGAGGACAGCCCAAAUGCUUGGGCCCCUACACCCACAUGGGAGACCCAGAGGGGCCUCCUGGCUUCAGAUAAGCUUAGCUCCAGGUGUUGCAGCCAUCUAGGGGAGUGAACCAGCAGAUGGAAGACCACCACCCCCCUCCCCCCGUCUCUUCCUCUCUAACUCUUUCAGAUAAAUAAAUCUUUUAAAAAAAUAAAAGUGUAUUUAAAAGUGUAUGUUACUGGGCUGCACUCUCAGAAUUCUAGCUUAGUAUAUCUGAGUGUCCAGGGAUCACCACUUUGAGAACAUGUGGCCUACCAGGUAAUACAAAUCCAAACUCCUUAAUGUAGAAUUUAAGUCCUUCUGUGAUCUACUCUGUGCUUAGCUCUCUAGCAUUAUUGAACUGGUUAUAUGAAUACCUUGAUCUUUGUGUAUCCUGUGCCCAAAGCCACGCUGGAUCACAGGAUCCUCCCAAAUUAGAAAGUACCAUACGCAUGACCCACAGGUGCCCUCCCUGUUUCGGUUAAGUCCCGGCACUCCUUCCACAGUGAAGCCUCCCCUGACGCGAACAGCCCCCAUUCCCAUGAGGCGAAGCUGAUCACCCCCUUCUCUGUAUCAGCACUCUAUCUCAUAUAGACUUCAACGAGCUCUCGUGUGACACCUGAUUCAAUUGCCUGCCUCCCAUUAGUUAAUGAACUCUGGACGUCACUAUCUCUGGCACCCAAGCAGUGUCUGGCCAGAGACAUAAUUGCCCAGUAAAUAGAAAUGGGGGGGGGGGGGGCAGCAGUGGUGGAGGGGAUAAUAGGCAAUGGAAGGAAAGAAGGCUUGUGGAAUAGAAACGUGGAAUCUGAAUGAACAGGAUUCUGAACAUUCCCACCAUGCUCGUUUCUGUGAACCAUCCUCCUGAAACAGUCACCCGCUGCAGGCCACCCAGACAACUGACUGAGCAUCUUCAUUCCUUCCCCAGAUCCCAAGUUCACCUACCUGAUCUUUUGCUAACCAUCCUUUCCACAUACCUUUAAUUCGAAACAUUAAAAAAAUUACAGAAAAGGCCCUUCUUUUAACAGGUACGCAUUUCCUACUUUCACAAGCAAAGAUUGUGUCCCUUCUCCCACCUGACCCAUAACAAUAUCCAGAGAUCCAUGACGUUUCCCCUUCCCCAUGAAUGUGGCAUCUACAAAGAACAGGUGGAUUGGGCAGCAGCAAGUUGAACUGGAGGGUUUUACCCCAGGAAUGCUGCUGAUUCUGGAGGCAGGAGCAGGGGGACUUUGCAAUUUCACUAGCCAAAAUUAAUUGUUAUUCCUCAUAUCCACUUACGUUUAGCUAGCCUGCUGUGCUCCUCUUUUAGGACACAGCCAAAACAAGGCAAGCCAGAAAGAGGAAUUGGGUCUGUUUACAAAACUGCAUCAUUUCUCAACAAGGUUAUUCUAGUUACCUUUCAAUGCUACAGCUAAGUUGGGACCACUUUGAUGAGACAUUCUGUGCCCAUGCCAAUGAUUUUGUUCCUAGCCAUCAAGAAAUUUUAUCAAAACAUUUACCAGCCAAGAAAAGUGUACGCUAUGGCGUAUCAGGUAAAAGCCACCUCCUGCCCAUAUGGGCACCAGUUUGAGUCCUGGCUGCUCCACUUCCAAUCCAGCUCUUUGCUAUGGCCUGGGAAAACAGUAGAAGAUGCCCCAAGUCCUUGGGGCCAUGCACCUGUGUCAGGGAGCCGGAGGAAGCUUUUGGCUCCGGGAUUCAGAUUGGCCCAGAUCCAGCCAUUGCGACCAUUUAGGGAAUGAACCAGCGAAUCUCUCUGACUCUGUCUCUGCCUCUCUAUAACUCUGCCUUUCAAAUAAAUACAUAAAUCUUUUUAAGUGUAUCUUCCAAGAUUCCAAGGAAUAAUGAGAUGGCAACUUCCUUGUCUUUUCUCCACCCCAAGAACGGCCAUAUUUAAGCUCAACCACUUUAAAAAGCCAUCAACUAAUACACUGGUUUUCCUGUUCUUUCACUAUACCAACUUGUUCCCACAUUGGGUACUGAAUUAUCCCCAAAGCUAUUUAUAUGGCUCAGUCUCGCUUUGUCUCGUCUCUGUUCAAUCAUCGUCUCAAAAAUGCCUUCUGGCAGUGCCAUUCCUGCCACUAGUUCCUUGGCCUGAUCUACUUUCUCUUACUGCACUUUCCUCUCCCACCAGAAAACCUUUUAUGUAUAAAUCCUUUGCUGUGUGUAACGCACCACCGGUGCCCUCACACUGUGAGCUCUGUAGGACGGGGCCUUCAGACUUCUCACUCCCUGCUGCAUCCACCAGGUCCGACAUAGCCCCUGCUGGUCAUUAGACAUUUGUUGCAUGGCUGAACAGUCUGAUGGAAUGCCAAAUGAUUUAAUUUUUUAAAAAAUGUUUACACAUCAAAAUAGUUAAGGAAAUAGUUACUAUAAAUGUAAAAAUAGUUACUUGGGCAUCUACAUACACGCCUACACUUCACAAUGCUUCUUUUGCUAAAAAUCCUAUGGAACCCUGUUACAAAAAUUGUUUUCAUAGCCAGUUUAUGAACUGAACGAUUGAUCUUUUUACUUUCUAAGUCAUAUUUUGUUUCACCAAAAGCUUCAUGGUGUAAAAAACCAAAUCCUAUACAGAAAACAACAUAUUUUAGGGGGUCUACAACAGGCCUCAGAAGUUUGGGUGCCUAGUGGCAACAUGAAUGGAAAUAAAUAUAUCACCUUCCAAGAACAGGGGAGGUGAUAACUCAAAGGAUCAAUGCUCGCAAGCGUGGAGAUUCUGGAAAAUGGAUAUAUAUCAAAUUCUCUGAGGAUAAAGCAUUAACUUUGAAUUUCACAUUCCCUCAUAACUCCCGAUGCUUGGCUGCAUGGUGUAGCUGAGGAUUCCUCACUCUUCUGGUUUCUUGGUAUUUUCAAUCUGUUCCUCCACGAGCCCACAUGGCACACACAUCUCCCACUGGCCAGGCAUAGGUCACUUUCUUUCCUGAAUGUGGCAGACCUACUACCUUGAAAAGUACUAUUUCAAACAAUGCAGAGUAAAAGGAAAACCUCUGGAAAUAAGAAAAGUGAAAGAACAGGAUAUGUGACAACAAAGCCCUGAGCCACAAGGCCGUAGUGCGUUCAAAAGCAUCUUUAUAUGUCACGUAGUAGUAGCCCAGCAAAGCCCCAUCUCAGCAAUACUUACAGCAGAAGACAGAGAACCCCACAGGACUCUGACUCACUCUUUCCCCCGUGGACUCCAGCACUGCUAGCCACCUGAAUGGAGAGAAGCAAGGGGGGCAGGCAGGCAACUCGUUGGUCUCCCACCAGAGAUACCGGCCAGCUGAAGACUAAAGAUAAUCAGCGAGGACGGAAAGAAAAGCAGACACACCAACGGACUGUCAAAUGAUACACGAGGUGUGUUCACAGAUGAAUGAACUAUUUCAGAGCCAGACAACAAAUCAAUCUCUUUACUGGAGAGGCAUUCAUCUCAUAUGUGUAUCAUUCAAAUAUACUAACACAUGAAAGAUCACAUCACCUUGUUUAUGGAUACAUUUAAUAUCCUUUACCCUUCCCAACUUUCAAAACAUAAUAGUAUACAAAAUAUAAAAUAUCUUAAAUAUUUAUAAAAAUUGCAAGAAAAAAAUAGAACGUACGAAAAUAUUUUUAUCUGGGUUUUCCCUCAUUGUUGAGAGGCAGCUUAGUUUGCCUUCAGUUCAUAAUUGUUGAGUGGGUAGGAGUAUGCUCUGCCUAACACUAUUCUGUCCCGGAGGAGCUUAAAUAAAACAUAGUAGUUGCAGAAGAGGAUGAGAGCCAUGGACAGGGUGUGGUUCCACUUCUCCGACCGCAACAAGGAAUACAGCUGGUAGAAGACAACACUGCCCUCAAUAAGGAUAAGCAGGUUUAACAGCCUUAAUGGACGAUGAAAGAGAAA